GCUACCCGUUAGAUCUUCUUCUCUCGCUCAGCCUCUCAUAUCAUCAACAAGUUUAACCCCAAUACUCCGGUUGUCAUUUCCGCGUCGGUCAAGUUUACAUACAUCGUUGUCAAGCAUUUUUACCGCGUUAUUCCGUCCGGUCGGAUAUAACGAUAUAACGGACAAAAGAGUAAUAAUAAGUAAAAAGAUAACAAGAAAAAAAUACAGGAGAGAGCUCUAGAAAAAAUACGAACGCAGAUCAACCCCUGUGAAGAAAAACAAGGUUUAUCCGCGACGCGCGUCAGACGACACCGCGACGAUCAGUUGCUCUUUUGCUUUAUUCCAUCUCUUUACCAAUUACACAUACGUCCUAUGUAAUACAUCCGGUGUACGUGUUUCUCUACGUAUGGGUUUUGUACGGAUACUAUGCGGCCUACGGUGGACCGUCGACACGCAGCUUCAUUGACUGAAUUCGCGCAUGUGUAUAUGUAAACUCCUGUUUUGUUGUGCACACCGUAUUACUCUGUUUACAACCGUUUGUAAAACGCGUACCAACGUAUUCGCCGCCCUCGAACAAUAAUUCGUAAUCAACGAUUGCCACCGGAAAACAAAAAGGAUGUGUUAAACUGUGUUUAAUUUCCCCUUUGAAAAUCCUCGCCAAAGGAUAUGGAGAUCAGAAAAAGCGGAGGAGGUCCUAUUCGAGAAUUGAGCUCGGGGGAGGAAGCGAAGGAAUCGAAGAAGUUUAGUGAAAUCGACCUCGUCCAUUGGACAUGGCUCUAAAAAGUUGCGUGAAUUUGUGUUCUCUCUAUCGCGUGUUGCCGCCACAGAAAACACAACGUAUUAUCACGACAUCGAUACGACAAUGACAUGAACCGGCACAAAACUACGCCUAGGCAUGAACGUCGAGCGAGAAAGUCCCUUUGAUACUACGAGGAUCGAGUAGGAGCUUCGAGCUGCGAAGACAAAGAGAUCUGGAAAGACAAUAGAAAGAUAGUAAAAAAAAAAAAGAUAACGGAGUCAGAGGACGAGAAAGAGAGAAGAGACCGAAAGAGGAAGAGCGGGAGAAAGGGGGAAAAAAGGAAAAAUAGAAGAGACAACUGGGGCAGAAGAAUGGGCGAAAGCUCUCCUGAUCUAAGCCUUCGGCUUCGCCGAGGAAGUUCGGACUCCCGGGACUGCUUUUAUAUGGACUUUGCGCAGGGCAUUGACUCCGACAUCGAAGAAGUUGCCCGACCGAAUGAUUCGUCGGAUCCGAUUCCCGACAAUCAAAUCGAAGAGAACGGCAACGAUCUUCCACCGAUUGAAGACAUCACCACUAUACCGGAAGAAGUUUCCGAUGAAAUUCUCGCCGAAGAGGACGACGCGGUCGACGGAACCCCCGGUGCGGGGAAUCCUGAAAAACACAGAGAUUGGCCAGGACUCCCCGCGGCGUUACCGUCACCGGCGUCUCCUUCGGCGGUGAUCGUUUCACCGGAAACACUCUCCCGUCACAGCAGCAGCUCGCCUUCCCGAGCCCACAGGCCCCCGCAGUUCGCCCUAGCGAUCCCCUGCCAAAAUCAACCGAUCGCCGCCGUCUGUUAUCCCGCACCCGUUUACCUGGAGGUCAACGAUGACAGAAACUGGAAACACCUUGGAGCGAACGCUUUGGCAACCACCUUGAGCGCUCUCUACGGAAAACUGUUGGUGGUUAUGGGUAUAGCUUUUCCCAUGGCUGAAGUGAUAUCCACCUACAUUCCACCGUCUUUCUACGAAGGGUUUUACCUCUACCUCUACUUCGGAAGUAUGAUAUUUUUAUUGUACAUGUACGGAAUGUUGUUGAGGGACAACGAACCGAAAAAAAAAAAACAACACAGAGAUGACUGCGAUUUGGACAGCUCCAGAUCUUCGAGCGGUGCCGGAGGGGACAGUGACUUACAGGACACAUGUCAUCACGUGGCGGUUAUAAAACCGAGUCAACAUUACGGUAGUUUUUACCUGAGAAUGGGUGCCGUGGCCUUCGGUAUCGGGUCAAUGAUCUACUCCGGAUUAGAAUUUGGCCAAUAUUUCGAACUCGAAAGGGACACGAAGUGUCAUAACAUCAUGCUGGCCUUGACCCCGGCCACGAGAAUGGCGUUCAUCUUCAUCCAGAUGUACUUCAUUUUUCUAAACAACGAACAAAUGAAGGUCUACCGACACCGAAUAGUAGCAAGAUUCGGUCUCAUGCAUAUGAUCGGCACGAAUCUCUCCGUCUGGUUGAACGUCCUUGUCCAAGAAACAAAACACGAGAUCCUCACGUUUUAUGACCCCGAGAAUAACUCGCUCCGAAUAUCGCACCGACUCGGCGCAAAAGGCGGUCUUCAUCACGGAGGGUACAAUCACGGCCACGGACACGGUAGACACUACGUACCAGAAGUACCAGCGCCCGCGGGAGAGCAUUCCAGGAUAACUCGGGGAUUGAAGGGUCCUCAUCACAUGUUCGAAUGCAGACGUACAAAUAUAAUGGGAUCCCUGGUGCAGGACGCUAGUCCCUUUUUGUUCCCCUGCACCAUAGAGUACAGUCUCAUCUGCGCUGCAAUUUUAUACGUAAUGUGGAAAAAUAUAUCGAAGAGGGAAAUCAAGCAGCCGGUCAUCACUCCCCCGGGUACCCGACACCACGCGCCGCACGCCUACAGGAGGUCGCCGCAUCACUACAGCGUGGAUUGCGCGGGAGCUCACAAGGGUCUUUUCGUCGGUAUCCUGAUCCUCGUGUUGACUAUAAUAUCAUUGAUACUGUUUUUCGUUCUUAUAUCACGUCCGGAAUUGGUGGGUCUUGCGGUAACGGAAGUAAACAUAUGUGAGUUGACGCUUUACGGUAUGUCGACAUUGGCAACGUUGGUCGGCAUGUUUCAAAUGCGUAAGCUCCGUUACGACGGUGGUAGAAAUUUGGAAUUGGACAACAUUCUGCUGGUGGCUGCCCAGACCGGGAUGUUCAUAUACUCGACUUUCACGAUAAUCGGCGGUCAUUUUACCGUUGAAAAUCACACCGUUUUGGUUUUGGUCACAGCGUUAGCUAGCGUUGUUCAGACGACGUGCCAAACGAUAUUCAUCCUCGACGCCUCGCGGCGUUCGGUCGCAACGCCUGAACAGAUUCGUCGAAAACCGGGUCGUGAAAUCGUCACCUUUCUGUUGGUCACCAAUCUCGCCAUGUGGGCAAUCAAUACUCUAGAAAAAUCUCGCGCAGAAUCUCACCCCGUUCAGCUGCAUUUCUAUGGAUUAUGGGCAUGGACGAUAAUCACCCACGUUUCGAUGCCACUAGCCAUUUUUUAUCGAUUUCACAGCACCGUAUGCUUGUGCGAGAUAUGGAAAAGGGCCUAUAAAGUUAAACCGACUUACAUGUGACCUAGGGAUUGCAGGGGCGCUGCUAUGCAGACGAUUGGCGCAGUCACGAAGCGCCCUAAAAAUCUCCCCGUCAACCUCGAAGCAAUCGCUGAAAACGAGGCGGCGUAUUUUAUGUAAGCUACACGAGUAUGUAAUGAUAAUUAUUGUAAUCAUGGCAGUUAUACCCCCCCGCGUCAUAUCCGAAUGAAAAAUAAAUCAAUGCGAUUUCGAAUUCUCAUUGAAUUUCACACGUUUCAAAAAUAUGCUGUUAUUUUUUCGCUUGAUGCCUCUUAUACAGAGAGUAAAUAAUACUUAUGCUCAUGAUUUACAUCUAUUAUUGGAGAAAGUAAAAAUUCUAGCGCGUUAUUUGGAUUAAAAUCUGAAACUUAUCACGACCAAAAUUUUUGUUAUAAAUUGAUAAAUACGUUUCAUGUUGAUACGAAACUAUUAUCGACGAUGUUUAUACUAUAACACGUAUAUUAUACGAUAUGAACAUAACGAUAUUAUUACGAACAAUUUCUCAUUCGGAAAGCGAAAUACUUUCCUCGAGUAAUAACGACGAUCGUCUUACAAUAAUCGCGCUGUAGGAUUUGAGAAUUAAAAAAUCAAAUUAAAUUGUAGGAUGAAACUGAAAUGGGCUGAAGGUGAAGCAAAAAUAAUUCCGUGUACAUUUUUCGCCGUUAUAUAUAUAAGUUUUGCAACUAUAAUCACGAGUCCGUAUUCACUACCCUCCAAAGAGAACAAAAAAAAAUAAAAACUUUUAUAUGCAAACAUCCGUCUUCCAUGUAGUACAAACUACGAGCUAUGAAAACUAAGAAAACACAAGAACGGGAAAAAGAAUAGUUAUUCGUAUCGAGAGUCGCACAAAAGUCAAAAUACCAAAUUCACGUAUUUGUGAAAAAUGAACCAAAGUUAUACCGUACUAGUUAUUACCACUCGCCGUUUCUGAACCAACUUUGCUUUUGACAUUGAAAGCUAAUGGUAGUAGGUAAUAAUGAAUAUAUACAAAAAAUUCAAUUAGCAGUAAGAAGUCAUCGAUCUUUUGAGAUGGGUUGUUUUUAUUCUUAACGUGAUUCCCGACAUGCAUCAAGAGAAAAAAAAGACUAGAUAUUUUAAUGUUUAUAUGCAAUAGCUAUUCAUAUCAUAAAAAUAGUCAUCCUGUGUAUAAUGUAAAAUUCCUAUCAUUAUAUUAUAUACCUAGAAAAGAAUCGCGAAAGGGAUCAAUUUGAAAUUUAAUAGCCACAUCGACCGCUAGCGACUAUAAGGAAGGAGAGCGCUCAUUUUAUGCCUAUCUCACCAAUGUGAACGUGGUGGAAAAAAAAUGAUGAUAUCUUGAAUUGGUUGAAGAGAUUUUUUUUUAGAAUAUACCAAUUCUCUGUUUUUCCCCUUCUGGCAGCACGAAAAACUUAAUCGCUGGAAGAGGGUAUUAGAAAAAGAGACGAUGAUUAAUUUUUUAAAAGGGUUAGUCUUGUUCACUCCGCACCCAAAAUAAUCUAAUUUCGAUGUUCGUUUUUUUAUCAUCCGCAUUUUUUUACGGCAGCUGGUGGUCGUGGUCGAUAUUUAACCAUAACACAUAUGAUUAAUGAGAAUGAAAUAAAUGAAAAUACUCAAAUUUUAAAUGCUCAACAGACAGAAUACGUAUAAUCUAUGUUAGACGCAACGCUAUAAUACCUAUAUGUAUAUUUAUCAUAUAUGUAUACAUUCACCGUUAGUUACAAAUAAUACGAUGUGUUUUUAGUGGGCGUUUUGCGUUGAACGAAAAACCAAAUGGAUAAAAAAAAAAAACGGAAAAAAUUAAAAAAAUAAGAAAAAUUAAUAGUAUUAUAGUAAUAAUAGUAUAAUAAUAAAUGAUAAUUACAAUAAUGAGAUUAACGGUACGAUAUCGUUGUACAAUUAUAUUUAUAUAAUGUUAUGUAUAUAGAUACCUGUAUGCAUGACAAUUAUAAUUUAUAAUAUAUGAACGUUGAUAUACUAGCGUUAGCAAUUGUGGUAUAUAGGUAUAUAUUAUAUUGUGUAAUGCGAUAAUACGAUAUUAUUAUUAUAUUGAAUUAUUUAUUAUGAAUUAUUUACCGCAAAAGAAGAGCACUGUAAAAUAGCUGAUUGAAUAUAUGUAAGAUUAUCGAUUUGUAAAUACAAUGCUACAAAACAGUAUAGAGGAAUCAAAAGAUGAAGAAAAGGUAAAAAAGGAGUCAACCUGAUGCAAAAAAAUUCUCUGAAUGUUUAGGAUAGUGAUCGUGUCGACCAUGUUUCUAUAUCUACGAUAUGUUACUACGAUACGUUAAUAUUGCGUUGUUCUAUUAUAAUAUUUAUUGCAUUAUUGAUACAUUAUAUUAUAAGCAUACCCAGCUGUGUUUCCCUCUCCCUGCCCCUCUCUCGCUCCUUCCCUCUCUCUAUCUCUCUCGUUGUCUUUCUCUACGCACCAUCUAUACGUGCAUUAUAUCGCGUUAUACAUGUGUUUGAAAAAAACUCGGAGCCCGUGUCGAUGACUAAAAUUUACCUCAAGCAGCAAACUU